AUGACUUCAAUAGGUCAAGAUCUUAUUUUUGCCUCUCUUCUCUUCUUCUUGCUUCUCUAUCCUUCUCUUGGUGUUGAUGUUGUUGGUGCUGGUACUGGUGCUGGUGCUUUGAACUCUGCUCUCUUCCCUCCUGCUCCUCCUCCCCCCAACUAUUUUCGCAUUUUUGACCAUUUGGCAAGUCUUUUCUCUGACUCUCACUUCCUCCUGUCUGAUCCUCUCCUUCUAGCUCCCUUCCCUCCUCUUCCCUCAAGAAUUUUCGCAAUUUUCACUAUUUGUUCUCUUGCCUCUUCCUCCUUUAUUAGUUUACAUGUAUUGUAGUAGUUGAAAUAUAAUUUGGAAUUUUCGUUUU